GCUUUAGGGUGAUUCCCUAAAACAUUUCUUAACUUGUCAAUUUGGUGACUUUUCUCUGAAAAUGGCGAGAAACUGCUAAUUCCGUUGUGUGCAUCCACGUAAUUUGUCCGUGGAGAAACACGCCGUUUUUAUUCUCAAUACUUCCGCAAUCAAGGAAGCGAGAUAAACUGACACACAGCAGGGACUCACAUGGCUCACCCUGGCAGAAAAGAUGCUCCUGAACCUCCAGACUUUGCUUUGCUUAAAAGACUGGCCAAAGAUCAGCUCAUCUAUCUCCUGGAACAGCUCCCAGGGAGGAAGGACUUGUUUAUUGAUGCAGAUUUGAUGAGCCCACUUGACCGAAUAGCCAAUGUUACCACACUCAAGCAACAUGAAGUGGACAAACUCUAUAAAGUAGAGUUCAAACCAGUCGUCAGUGUUUCAGAUCAACUCUGCUUCCUGAUACGUCCUCGAAUCCAGACGGUGAAAUGGAUUGCAGAUGUAGUAAACUCUGACAAGGCAACUGGAAGGUUCAGAAGAUAUAAAAUUAUCUUUACGCCUCAGAAGUUCUAUGCGUGUGACACAGUUCUGGAGGAGCAGGGCGUCUACGGUGAUGUGACGUCUGACGAAUGGGCGUUCUACCUCCUUCCUCUCGACGAUGACAUCAUCAGUCUUGAACUGCCUGAAUUCUUCAGAGAUUAUUUUCUGGAGGGAGAUCAACGCUGGGUGUCGACUGCAGGUAGUGCGUUACAUCUGUUACACUCCCUGUAUGGCCCCUUCUCAAAGGUCUAUGGGAUUGGACAAUAUGCCAAGAUGGUGUAUGAGUCAUGGAGAGAGCAGGUGGAGGACGGGGAGCAGAAAGCACAGCAACCUGAGAUUGGCAACGUUUUCCUCAUCGAUAGAGAUGUGGACUUUGUUACUCCUCUCUGCUCUCAGGUGGUCUAUGAGGGACUGGUGGAUGACAUUUUCAGGAUUAAAUGUGGUAGUGUGGAGUUUGGGUCUGAGGUCACCUCCUCUGACAAGGGUGUAAAAGUGAUGCUUAACUCUCAAGACAAGGUGUUCAAUGAAAUCAGAAACGAGCACUUCUCCAAUGUAUUCGGCUUUCUGAGUCAAAAAGCCCGAAGUCUUCAAACAGCAUAUGAUAAACGGCGUGGAAUGGACAUUAAGCAGAUGAAGACAUUCGUUUCAGAGGAGCUAAAAGGCCUGAAACAGGAGCACCGUCUUCUCAGUCUGCAUAUUGGUGCAAGUGAAUCCAUAAUGAAGAAGAAAACAAAGCAAGACUUCCAGGAAUUGCUAAAGACUGAACAUUCUUUACUUGAAGAUUUUGAGGUUCGAGAAUGUAUUGGCUUCAUUGAAGAACACAUUAACAGACAGGUGUCUAUGAUCGACAGUCUCAGACUCCUUUGUCUGUUGUCUCUUACUGAAAAUGGACUCCUGCCAAAAGACUAUCGGUCUCUAAAAGCUCAGUACCUCCAGAGUUACGGCAUAGAGCACCUACUGACCUUUGCGAACCUGAGGCAGAUGGGACUGCUGGUGGAGCAACAGCCUGGUGAAGCACUAACAGCAGUGGAAAGCAAAGUGGGCAAACUGGUCAAUGACAAGACAGCUGGAAAGCUGACUGACGCAUUCUCCUCACUGGCCAAGAAGAGCAAUUUCCGAGCGCUGAGUAAAAAGCUGAUGCUUAUACCUAAGACAGGGGAGGAGUAUGACCUCCGAGUCCCACGGGACAUGGCUUACAUCUUCAGUGGAGCCUACAUCCCUUUGAGCUGUAAACUGAUUGAACAGGUAUUAGAGAGAGAUGGCUGGACAGGGCUUGAGGAAGUCACGCGGCUUUUAAAUGGACAUGAGUUUGCAGUCACAGGAGGUACCAGUGGAACUGAAGCACGAACCAAAACAGACCCUCAAAGGAUUAUACUCGUGAUGUUCCUGGGAGGAUGUACCUACUCUGAAAUAUCAGCCUUGCGCUUUUUAGGUAGAGAGAAAGGCUAUAAGUUUAUCGUGGUGACAACUGCGAUCACGAACAGCUCCAGACUGCUGGAGUCUCUGCUGGAAUAUCAGGCUUGAAUCCUUAGAGACUGCUGUCCACACGGUGGUAGCGAGGACAGAGUGGCCUGUGUACGGGACAGAGCUGAGCUGAGCGGAGCAUUCCAGAGGACAUUUUCCCCUCAAUUACAAAUGGACAUGAAGGCCAUCAGUAACGACAAAAGCACUACAUUAUGUCAUUUCAGUGAAUGUGUGUUCAUGUUUUGUUUUGUAAUGCAGUAUGAUUGUGAAGCUCAGGAACACAGUGGUAUUUGGGAGUUUUUCAUGCGUGUCCAGAUUAUACCAAGAGUUCCACUGUGGGCAAUAAACAUGUAUUUGGUUUUUUUUUUUUUUAAA